GGUGCCCGGAGGCAGACGUGGAGCCAUGAUAGCCUCGGUGGCGAGGGCUGUGCCUUGUCAGGUGCAGGAGGAAGCCAGGCCGGGCCGAGGCACAGCUUUACGGCAGCUCCUCUGUCCUGCCAGCCAUGCAUAGGAGGCAGAAGCAAGCAGAGCAGGCCAGGCCGCGGGGGCUGCUGAAGCCCUGGGGCAGGCUGCCCGGCAGGCUGCAGCUGCACCAGGUGGCACUGCCCACCCUGCCCGUGCCGCCGCUGCAGCAGACCCUGGACCGCUACCUGCUGGCCCUGGAGCCCAUCGUCAGCCGCGAGGAGCUGAGCCACACGCAGCAGCUGGUGGCAGAGUUCCGCAGGCCGGGGGGCGUCGGGGAGAGGCUGCAAAAGGGCCUGGAGAGGAGAGCCAAGAAAACGGAGAACUGGCUCUCAGACUGGUGGCUGAAGACAGCUUACCUGGAGUACCGCCUGCCAGUCGUGGUCCACUCCAGCCCGGGCGUGGUUUUACCCAAGCAGGACUUUCUGGAUCGCCAAGGCCAGCUCAGGUUUGCUGCCAAGCUGAUCGAGGGCAUCCUGGAUUUCAAGUCCAUGAUUGACAAUGAGACCCUGCCAGUGGAGUACAUGGGGGGGAAGCCUCUCUGCAUGAACCAGUACUACCAGAUCCUCUCCUCCUGCCGCAUCCCCGGGCCCAAGCGGGACUCCAUCGUCAACUACGCCCAGGGCAAGAGGCAGUCCAGGCACAUCGCAGUGGUGCACAACUUCCAGUUCUUUGAGCUGGAUGUCUACAACAGUGAUGGAAGUCCCCUUAGCACUGAGCAGCUCUUCAUUCAGCUGGAGAAGAUCUGGAACACCUCUCUGCAGACAAACAAGGAGCCCAUCGGGAUCCUCACCACCAACCACCGCAACAGCUGGGCAAAAGCCUACAACAACCUCCUGAAAGACAGGACCAACAAGGAGUCGGUGCGAGCCAUCGAGAGCAGCAUCUGCACCGUGUGCCUGGACGCGCCCAUGCCGCGGGUCUCCCACGACGUGUACAGCAGCCGCGUGGCCGCGCAGAUGCUGCACGGGGGGGGCAGCCACCUCAAUAGCGGCAACAGAUGGUUUGACAAGACCCUGCAGUUCAUCGUUGCUGAGGAUGGCUCCUGCGGGCUGGUCUACGAGCAUGCCCCCUCCGAGGGGCCCCCCAUUGUGGCUCUGCUGGAUCAUGUCGUGGAGUUCACGAAGAAGCCCGAGCAGGAGAGGUCAGCCCUGAGCCCUCUGCCGAUGCCCAGGAAGCUGCGGUUCAACAUCACCCCAGAAAUCAAGAAGGACAUCGAGCAGGCCAAGCAGAACCUCAACAUUCUGGUAGAAGACCUGGAUGUGAAGGUCAUGGUCUUCCACCACUUCGGGAAGGCCUUCCCCAAGUCAGAGAAGAUAAGUCCUGAUGCCUUCAUCCAGCUGGCUCUGCAGCUGGCCUACUACAGGAUGUAUGGGCACUCCUGUGCCACCUACGAGAGUGCCUCGCUGCGGAGGUUCCGCCUGGGCCGCACCGACACUAUCCGCUCGGCCUCCGCCGCCUCGCUGCGCUUCGUGCAGGCCAUGGACAGCCCUGGGCAGCCGAACUCAGGCAGCUCCCUGUGUCCCCAGGAGCAGGAGAAGACAGAGCUGCUGCGGAGAGCUGCCCAGGCCCACAGGGAGUACACGGACAUGGCCAUACAGGGCAACGCCAUCGACCGGCACCUGCUAGGGCUGAAGCUGCAGGCGAUCGAGGACCUGGUGAGCAUGCCUGAGCUCUUCAUGGACACCGCCUACGCCGUGGCCAUGCACUUCAACCUCUCCACCAGCCAGGUGCCAGCAAGGACAGACUGUGUGAUGUGCUUCGGGCCGGUGGUCCCCGAUGGCUACGGGGUCUGCUACAACCCCAUGGAGCACCACAUCAACUUUGCCAUCUCCGCCUUCAACAGCUGCGCCGACACCAACGCCGCCCGCAUGGCUCACUACCUGGAGCAGGCUCUGCUGGACAUGAGGGCCCUGCUGCAGGCCACCCCCAGGUCCAAACUCUAAGGCAGAAAUACGAUGCAGCCCGCCGGUGAGAAGGGCUACUCUCAGGCACUCAGGGGAAGCUCACCUGGGACCCUGCGGGACAUCUGCAGCUGCUUUCAGCCAGGCUCCCCCCAGUGACCGCAGGCUCUGUGGCGAGAGGCCCCUGCCAGGCUGGGGCAGGACUGGGCUGAUGCUCUCCCUGCCCCACUCAGCUCCGGGGCCUCAGAGAGGACUGGAAGCCCUGUGGAGGAGCACAGGAAACACAGUGCUGACGCUCUGCAGGCCUGGGAACCUCCCUGCUCCAGGACACUGGGAUCUCCUCCCUGUCACACUGAUGCCCUGCACACAGUCCAGCUGGCCACAGACAAGGUGCUCCUGCUGCUGGUGGUGGGCUGGGCUCUCUGUCAGGCCUGCAUCGUGCUCCUGGCCCUUGGUCUUCAGGCUCAGCAUAAAGCUCCAGACCUCCUGUCACAGCUCUUGGUAGCUUUGCCCUCCUGCACCUCACCUGCGCAGUCAGCAGGAGCCCUGCACUGGAAUUUGGAACUGAGGGAAAGAGAGAAGCUGCCUCCUGCUCAGCAGCCCCAGCCCUGCUCUUCUCCAGGCCCCCUUCACCCCGUGGGGCACUGUGGAUGCCUGCACUGGGGCAGCCUGCAGGGCCAGCCCAACCCCUCUGCUGCCUCUUGGAGCUUUUCCUCACAGCAGGGUUGCUCAGGUUUGUGCCAGCUCUGCUCUGUCAGAGGACCUGCUGAGGGUGCUCCCCUGUCGAGGCCACAGCAGCUCACACAAGCACCUAACUGCAGCACAGCAGCUUGUGCAAGCACCACUGCCAGAGGCCCUGAAGCACCCAAGCUCCUGUGUUUGGGCACAGAGGGGAGGAGGAAUUUUGGUGUCAUUCUGCAGGAGGAAUUGAACUCAGGUCCCCACCCUUCAGCAGGUGGCUGCUGAGGCAGCAGCAUGAAGCAGAGGCCUCAGGAUGCUCCUGGCUUGUUUUAGUAACAGGGCAGUGCUUGAGCCCCUGCCCAAAGCAGGGGCCAGGCCCCAGCGGCCUUGCUGAAGGCCCCUGAGAUUUGCAGAGCCUUCAGCCACCAGUGCCACAGAGGUGCCUAGGCAGGGCUGCAGACUGGUCCUCUGCUGCCUGUCUGCAGGGAGGGUUCUGGAAGGGAAGGGGCUGCUCAGGACGAGCAAAGCGCUGCUUGGCUGCAGCUCAGGAUGAGAUUGGGCUGCUCUGGAUGCCCCCAGCUGAAGGCAGCUGCAAGCAGCUGAUGACUACUCCAAGAAGGCCACAGGAGUCAUGGAGCACUUCAGACUUGUCCUAGUCCUUGGAGCUGCAGUGAGGUUCCUGGGGCUGCCUGAGGAGGGGUUGGGAAGGACUCUGACAGCCCAGCAAGGUUCUCCCUGUGCAUGUCCUGCCCUCUGCUGUCCUGGUUCACACCUCCUGCAGGCUUCUCAGUGGCAGAGCUUUUGUGUUACUCUCUCCUGUGUUCCAGCAGGAGAUGUCCAAGGUCUUAAAGGCACAUUAAGGACAAAACUUCACUCCCAGAAGAGCCACCACAUGGAACAAAUUAUCUCAGCUGCCCAGCCUGAGAGCAUUCAAGCAGCUCCUGGGCUCUGGGUGCCACGCUGGAUGCUGUGCUCCCUAGAGGGGGGGGGGGGGUCCAUGCCACGCAGAGUCUUGAAAUGCUGAAUCAGAUGAAACACAAUAAACAGAGCAGUGCUGCA